AUGGGCCUAAAUAUUUCGGAGACCAGGCCAGUUGAGCAGCUAUUCCUGGAUCUUCCUAUCCAAGAAGUUCUCCACCCCAGCCCGGGCGAAACGUUCUCGGAGCCGUGGACGAGCAUAUAUGUGGAUGCCAUACGUGAUACCCGAUGGGGCGACGCGGUAUGGGCACGCUACCAUAUGUAUGGCGAGGUGGAUGGGGAAACCGGGAUCGUCGCCGGGUCGAAUAAUAUGACUGUGCUCGAGGUAAUCAAGGAAGAUGCCCUGGGAUACAGGGUUAACGAUCCGGAGAUAUACUUCCAGGCUUUGUUAUUUUACGCAACAAGUAGUGCGGAUGGGCAUGCCGAUGUGAUUGAGCUCAUCGCCAACCUGGACGAGCGGGAAAUCGCUGAGUUCAAGGCUAGAGAAGAGGCAGAGCUUGAGAAUGACGCCUGA